CUCAACAUGUGAGCAGUGUGCGCUCUGUGCCACAAGAAUUUCCUUCAAUUGAACAAUAAUGAUGUUACAUCUUGCUUUAUAGCUGCGUUAACAAAAAGUAUACAUGAAAUAAUCAUUUCACGGCUUGGUAGUAUCUAGAAUAUACCAUGGUUGCCCAACAUAGAUCAGCGGGCGUUGAACACAAAGUAAAGGUGUUGUGGCGCCCGUCUGCCGCUGCCAUGAUCUCGUGUCUUCUUUUGCCACUGAUCCUGUCUGUUCCAAUGCCAGCGGUGGCGCCCUCGGUGCCGGUAUCGUCAGAAGCAGGACGCGGUCUCGGCCGUCCCGUAUGUCACAGGUCCCGCGCGUCCGUCAUCCUGAAGGAGGAGGGCGACCAUAUCCUGCCGGGGGGCGACCGUGUCAUGUGUGCAUCGUCGUCCGACUACUGCUUCAGCUUCUGGACCUACGAUAACGAUAACGACGAUGACGAUGACGGCAAUGACGGCAACGAUAACAACGAUGACGGCAACGACAACAACAACUCCCGGCGCCACGUCAAGUGGCUGGCUCAAGGCUGCUUCAGCUCGUCGGAGGCGUGCGAGCAGAGCGAGUGCUCUGCCACAAGAGAGAGCCCUCGUAACUCUUUCUUCUGCUGCUGCCGCGGCGACCUCUGCAACGGGAACGUGGUUGUACCGCCCCUCCUACAGCAGCCACAGGAGGCUGGCACGUCACGUGAGGACGUGGCGACGUCCCGGGAGCUGCAGGCGCCCCAGCUGCUCGUCGUCGCCGUCGUGGCCGCCGUCGUGGUCGCCGUCGCGAGCGUCGUCGCCGCGCUGCUGUGGCGCCGCCGUCGCCAGCGCAAGAUGAGCCUACAGGACCUCGGCGACCUCACGGCAUGCAAAGCGGGGCGCCCGGUGGGGGGCGGGGCCCCAGGCUGGGGCAGCGUCGACAUCAGCUCUGUGCAGCUCACCGACGUUAUAGGCAGAGGACGCUUCGGAUGCGUGUACAAGGCUAGUGUGAAGGGGCUGAAGGAGGAGGUGGUCGUGAAGGUGUUCAGUGAAGGGCAGAAGGAGAGCUACACCAACGAGCUCUUCAUCUACAGCCACCCCUUCAUGCAGCACUCCAACCUCCUCACCUGCCUCGGUUACGGUCGCCUGGGGUCGGACGGGUACGGUCUGGUGCUGCCGUACUGCAGCGGUGGCCGCCUCAGCACCCACCUCACCCACCACACCCUCACCUUCCCCCAGCUGUGCCGUGUUGUGAUCACCGCCACCCGCGGCCUGGCUCACCUGCACGCACCCAUCACUGCUGCUGGUCAGCACAAGCCCUCCAUGGCGCACCGUGACUUCAACACCCGUAACUUGGCGCUGCGGGAGGACCUGUCGUGCGUGGUCAUAGACCUCGGCCUCGCUGUGUGCGUCAAGGGCGCCUCGCACUCGCGCCCCGGGCGACCUUAUACGCACGGCACGCCCCCCGCCCUCAAUGAGGUGGGCAGCGUGCGGUACAUGGCGCCCGAGCUGCUGGAGGGCGCCGUGAACCUGACGGAGUGCGAGGCAGCGCUGCGGCAGAUCGACGUGUACGCGCUGGCCCUCGUCCUGUGGGAGUGUGUCACCCGCUGCACCCACCUCUCACCCACGCCCCCACCCUACAUGCUGCCCUUCCAGCGGGAGCUGGGCGCCCACGUUCAACUGGACCAGAUGAUAGAGUUGGUGGUGAAGGAGAAACGUCGGCCGCUGUUCCCCGACACGCUUUGGUCCCCCGCGGGGACUCGGGACGUUAAAACUUCCCAUGAAAAAUUCGAGGAACGUACAACAGGAAGCUGCGUCUCUAUCAACGAUGACGUUAACCUGACAUUAUCAGACGUCACAAAGACGCACGACGACGCAUUCGUGUCGAGUAAACAUGCGUCACUGGCACGACGCAUUUUACGCGACACAAUCGAGGAGUGUUGGGACGCAGACUCUGAGGCGCGGCUAUCGGCGCAGUGCGUCUUGGAGAGGCUGGAGCAACUGCCGCAACUGUGGCGCAGUCAAGGUGAUGCCAAAAUAUCCAAGAGUUCGUCAAAAGACCUCAGCAAAAAUGGCGGACAUUCAAUUUUGCGCUCCAGUAAGGAAAUCGUUUUCGGCAAUGGCUCUGCUAUUGAUUCCAGCUACAGCGAACCAUUGACUAAUGGCUCUAGCAUCGGCAACAGCUGCCGUAAACCAUUGAACAAUGGCUCUAGCACUGAUUUCAGCUGCCGUGAACCAUUAACUAAUGGCUCUGCCAUUGACUUUAGUUGCCGUGAACUAGAGCUUCCCGCCUACACCAGUGACUGUGACACUCGUAAUUCUCUCAGCUCUGGCAGGACGAAUAAUAAUUUUUCUAUCAAAAACUCCAAACGCAACCGAACUCCUGCUCACAACAGCACCAGCCACCACGACUGCCAUGCUCCCCUGCUAGACCGUUCGCCGGGCGCCACCCGCCACGAUUCGUCGGGUAGUCGUGAUAUCGGACGUCAGUUACUCCCGACCAGCGCCCGCCACGAUUCGUCGGAUGGUCGGGAUAUCGGACAUCAGUUUCACUCGACCAGCGCCCGCCACGAUUCGUCGGGUAGUCGGGACAUCGGCAGCGCCUUCGUCGGGACCACGAGCAGCGGUGGCAGCGAGUAUGGCGAGCGUGACGAGAGCAGUACGAGGACUCACGAUACGUUGCUCUCACCAUCGUUGCCAGGCCAGCCCUACCUUAUGCACGCCGCAGGCCAAACAUCAAAUAAAGUCUACCAGGGAAGAUGCGACGGCCCUGCAGAGAGAGGCUUGGCCUCUGUCCUGCAGAAAGGUUCCUCCUCGCCCGUGUGCGUCCUGCAGUCGCCCUCUUCACCUUCAGCAGGAGACACGGCGCCCUUCAUCGGUUCCCCUGGCGCAUCCAAAAAUUUCUGGCUAAAGUUGAAGCAAAAAUUCCGGCCUGAUAACCGAAAGGCUGUUAUAGUCGAGAAGCAAAAAAUGAGCGUGUGUGGGGAUAAUAGGACGAGUAGAGAUCAUCCAGCGCGAUCGGGGCAACAAUUGUCAUUGUAUUGCACGCAAACUUCCCCGUCUCCGCGCCCUCCGACGCUUAUUUUUGAACAGGGGAGACAAGAAAUCAACGUAUCGCAAAAUCCCGAUAAAGUUCAUGGUUCCAGGAAACUUCUUGAGACAUGCGAGCCAAUCUCAGGUGAACCUGGAGGUUUGUCCGUUGAAGAGUCGGUAUCAAAGUCGCGAGAAUCUCCUUCAAGAACACGGGAGUUUCUCUCCGACAAACUUUUGUACAGAUUAUGUGAAGUCAGUGCACCUAAAGGGGAGCUUCAUAAAGAGGAACUCGUUUCAGACUUGCAUGAAUUUUCUCCUAAAUUAACUGCAUUUCCAACCGAAAAACCAUUACCUAAUUUGCGGGAUUUUCAACCAAGAAAAAUUGAUGAAACUUGGACCAGUACCGUGCCUCAGCGUCGUCAUCCUGAAGGUAAACGGCGCCUUAACAACAGACCAGCCAGUCUCGAGAUACGAACGCCCUCUCAAGAAAAAGAAGAAGACGCCACUCCCCUCAGUGCUUACCUCAGCUCGAGCUGCAACUUCAACAUCCCUCAAGAAAUUGUCCUUAGGAAAUCUAAAACUCGUGUCAAGACCCCCAGGCAUCCUCCACUGCCUAGACUUUCCCUCAACGCCGAACCAUUCGUCUAGGACGGAACAUAUUUGCGUUUUUUCUAAAGGAAAACCGAUCUGAUGAUAUUUGCCGAGAUCAAAAGCAACUUAUCUGAUAAUAUUUGCCGAGAUCAAAAGCAACCUAUCUGAUAAUAUUUGCCGAGAUCAAAAGCAACCUAUAAUCUGAUAAUAUUUGCCGAUAUCAAGGGCAACCUAUCUGAUAAUGUUUGCCGAGAAUUCGUAUCGUCAUUUCCUUUUACGUCAUCUGCCUAGACUUUGUCUCAUAAGUAACUAAUCACUGUACUUCUCCCUAUAUUUAUCGUUACAGUGAGCCCUAGCUUAAUAUUACCUAAUGUUUGUUCUUUUCUGUAUUAAUUCAGCUUAUUUUUUAGCUUGAAGUCUUCCGCAACCACAGGUUCGAACACUUGCGAGACAUGAGGAAAUCUCAGCAGGUUAUCUCUUUAUGUCCUGCGUUCUUUAGCCGAAAUAUUUUUGCUAUAUUUGUUAGUUAAGGUUUUUUUUACUUGUUCGAACGCAGUUGUAGUUUUAAUUCAAAUUUUCAAUAACAGAUAAACCAGGAUAAAUUGGGUAAUUCAAUUAUUCAUUAUUAAAUAAAUCCAGAUGAAUUCCCACUCAGCUGAAAUUUACGUAGGAAACGAAUUCAAUUCACUGAAAUAAAUUUUGUUGCAGUCAG